AUGAGGGUUUGGAUGAGCACUGUGGUGGUGGUGAUGGCGGUGCUGCUGUUUGGACUUGGGGACUGCGCGGCGCCGGCUUCUGCGGUGGACUGCUCGAGCCUGAUCUUGAACAUGGUGGAUUGCUUGUCAUUUAUGUCGAAUGGGAGCACGGACACGAAGCCGGCAGAGACUUGCUGCAAUAGCCUCAAGAUUGUGCUCAAAACCGACGCUUCCUGCCUCUGUGAGACCUUCAAGAGCAGUGCUCAACUCGGCGUCAUUUUGAACAUCACCAAGGGCACCUCCCUCCCCGCCGCUAAAGUCAACCAUCAAGGAACAAAGGGCAGUCGGUGUUUGAAUUUUCAGAGGAUAACUUCAGUGUCUCGUCAGCCUAGUCGGAGAUGGUAG